GAGCUGACUGUCACUGACGACACUGUACUGGAACCUCACAAUGAAGACCCGUCGCUUAUACAGAUGAAAAUAUUGGGUGAUCGUGUGGUGGAUGCAAUACUAAAAGGUGAAGACAUAGGAAUCGGACCUCGCAGGCGCUCUUGCACGCAGAGCAAGGAUCAAAACAAUUCUCUGUCUCUGUACACGAGUAACACGUUGCGUAACCAGACCCCGGCUAGCUGUAUAACGCCGUCGCGAGCGAAGACCGACACCAAGGCGAGGCAGACGCGGCAACGAAGCUCGCAGGAACACAACAGCGGCGCCACCGUAGCAGAGUCGCCUAAAG